AUGAAAAAUCGAAAUCGCGUGGCACCGGAAGACGCGAAAAUCAAAGGAAUCGAGAAGAGCCCAUCGGUGUUCGAUAUUAUAUUGUUUGGCUCGAAACUCGAUGUGUUUUAUAUUUUUUUGGCGAUAUUUUGCGCAAUUUUAGGCGGUGGCAUUCAGCCAGUUGUUCUACUGAUUGGAGGCUGGAUCACUGAUCAUUAUCUCGUCAAUAAUAAUACCCCUGGAGACGAUCGAUUUUUUCGCGAUGUUUUAUUCCUCAUUUAUUGCGGUGUGAUAUCCGGUGUGAUUGCUCUAAUUCUUUGCGUAAUUCAGGGGGUUUUCAUACAGCGCGGAACACAGAACAUCAUCGAAAAACUUCGACGAGCUUAUAUUCGCGCUGUGCUUCGACAAUCCACGGAAUGGCUCGAUGAAAACCCAGCGGGAAGUUUGACAUGCAAGCUCAAUGAAAAUAUUGAUAUUAUAUCAAACGCGAUUAGCAAUCAGCUGUGCGUUUUGAUUCGCGGAUUCGCCAUGUUUCUCUCAUCGGCCAUCGCGUGCUCGUUCAUCAACGUUCCAUUGACGUUCAUCACAUUAACAAUGGGACCCAUCUCGGCGUUGAUUCUUCACGUCUCGGCGAAGGUCAACGAAUCGACGACAAGCGAGAUGCUCAAAGAGUCCGGAAAUUGUCAUACGAUUUUCGAGGAGUCGAUCAUGAACGUGAGGACCGUUCAGGCGUGCAACGGCCAAAAUUUCAUGGCAAAAAAGUUGAUGGAAGUCAAUGAGAAGCUCAAGAAGCUUCACGUUCGAAUGUUCUUCUGGAUGGGAUUUUUUGAUGGAAUGUUCCUUUUUGUCGAAUACGCGAUCACCGGUAUAUCAUUGUUCUUCGGCUGUCGCUUCUAUUUCACGGGCGUCAUUCAACGACCGGGUGACGUGAUUCUGAUUGUGAACACGAUUUGCAUUUUUGGCUACUUUUUGGGACUUCUCGGACCGCAUUUGACAACCCUUCAACAAGCCGCCGCCUCGUUCGCGCUUCUUCAAGAUGUGAUACAAUCGACGACGCCAAGCGAUGAUUUAAAGGCGCACACGACGGUGACGAGUUUAAAAGGCCACAUCGUUUUUAGAAAUGUGCAUUUCAAGUAUGCGACUCGCGACAAACAAAUAUUAAAUGGCCUCUCGUUUGAAGCUCGACCCGGUCAGACGAUUGGAUUAGUUGGAACAAGUGGAUGUGGGAAAAGUACGUCGAUUGGCCUUUUGACAAAGUUGUAUCGAGCCGAUCAAAGGGAAAUCACAGUGGAUGGGAUGAAUGUGAACAUUUUGGACGAGAGAAGUCUAAGAUCGAAUCUUGGAAUCGUUCAACAAGAGCCGAAGCUGUUUGAAGGGACCAUCAUGGAGAACAUCAAGUUGGGUCGCGAGAUAAGCGAUGAGGAGGCGAUGAAAGCGGCGCGAAUCGCCAACGCCGAUGAGUUUAUUCAAAAAUUGAGAAAUGGAUACGAGACGAAAUUGGGAACCGGCGGUGUGCAGUUGUCGGGCGGACAAAAGCAGCGAAUCUGCAUCAGUCGCGCGUUGGCCACAUCGCCGUCGGUGCUUCUGUUGGACGAGGCGACGAGUGCUCUCGAUUCGCACAGCGAAUCCGUUGUCAAUGCCGCUUUACAAAACGCGUCGAUCGGACGAACGACAAUCGUGAUCGCUCAUCGAUUGAGCAGCUUGAAGAACGCCGAUCGGAUCUAUGUGAUCGACAAUGGAAGAGCCGUCGAAUCGGGUAGUCACGACGAGCUCAUCGCCGCCGAUGGGUUGUACGCGCGACUGGCGAGAGCGCAAGACAUCGAGCAGAGGGAAUCAAAUGGUGUUGAUGAUGAUGAUGGUGAUGAUGGUGUUGGUGCGAAUUUGGCGAAUGGCGCAGACGGUGCACAUAUGGCGAAUUUCGAUGAGACACCUGAAAAUGAUGACAAUGAUGUUGUUCGAGAUCUCGGCGACAAGCGAAUCAAUUUGGCCGGAUUGCGACUUUUCAAAUCUUAUCGAAAGCAUCGAGCAGCGGCGAUUUUCAUUUUCUUGUUGAUGAUUCCCAGAUGUGUCGAACUCACCUGCUAUGGCCUCUGCCUCUCAUUGGCAUAUUAUACGUUAGAGCAAAAUAGCGACAAUUACAUGCGAUGGGCUCUCAUCACGCUCGCCGAACCGACUAUAAUGGGCGCAAUUAUUUGGCUUAUUACGGUUACUAAUCAAACUGCUUGCGAUAUUGUGAACGACGUCAAGACUACAUUACUUCAUCGUCUGCUUCAUAGGCCUUCCGUUUAUUUCGACAAUCCGAAAACGUCGCCAGCAUCAUGUGUAUCAAAAAAUUUCAAGCAACAUAAGCAAUGUUAUUGCGGUAUGUGCGUCGAUCAUCGCUCAAUCCGAUUCGCGUUGUUCGUUUUUUCGAUCAUAAUGUCACUUCUGCUCGCGUUUCCCUUCGUUUGGGAGAUCGGUCUCGUUGGCCUACUGGUCACAAUCUCAUACGGGAUUGUGUCGUUGUAUUUCGUGAAUUCCGCUCAUAAUUUGCACAUUGAGAAGGUUGUCAAUGAUAAAAGCGGUGUGUUUGCGAUUGAGAUCAUUGAGCAAGUGCGCUCCAUUAAAAUAAUGGCCGUCGAGAAAUAUUUCGAAUCACGUUUUGACGAGCUUCUCACCGCCUCCGAAGCCUACGAGAAACGAAUUGGAUUCGCUUCGGCGUUGAAUUUUGCCUCGACGCAAAGCUUCGUGUUUUUCGCCGACAUGCUCUUAUUCUACAUCGGCACACUGUUGAUCUACUACGGCAAAUACAAAUCGAAUCGGAUUUUUCUCGCGUUCAACGGCGCCCAAAUGUCGGCGUGGAGCGUCAUGUACUUCGCGCCCUACAUUCCCGAAAUCGUCAGCGCCUCGGCGGCCGCCAAUCAUAUUCUCGAGCUGCUUCGCUCGCCGACGGAUCGCAUCGACGGCGAGAAGUGCGCGAGGCCCGACAUCGACGGACGCGCCAAAAUCGACAACGUCUCGUUCGCGUAUCCGUCGAUGCCGCGGAAGGCCGUCUGCAAGAAUCUCACCAUCGACAUCGCGAAAGGCUCGUCGAUUGCGCUUGUCGGCUAUUCGGGAUCGGGAAAAAGCACAAUUGUCGCAUUGCUUGAACGAUUUUAUGAAGUCGAAGAGGGAAAAAUUACGAUCGGGACCACUCCAAUUGAUAAUAUUGAUCUGUUUCAUUUGAGGUCAAAUAUUGCAUUAGUUUCCCAAGAGCCCGUCCUUUUCAAUGCUUCGAUUUUCGAAAAUAUAACACUGGGCCUUGAAGGGGUCACAUUAGACGAUGUUCGCGAAGCUUGUGAAUGUGCAAAUGCUUCGCAAUUUAUUGAAAAUUUUCCAUCGGGCUACGAUACCAUCGUGGGCGAGGGUGGCGGCUCAUUGUCGGGCGGGCAGAAGCAGCGGAUAGCCAUCGCUCGCGCGAUAGUCCGAAAGCCCAAGAUUCUAUUGCUCGAUGAAGCGAACAGCGCAUUAGACGCCGAAUCGGAUCGGAUUGUGCAAAAUGCUCUACGAUCGGCUAGUCAAGGACGAACCAGCAUCACGAUUGCCCAUCGAUUAAGCACUGUUCAAAAUUGUGACAUGAUUUACUACAUUUGCGAUGGUCGAAUCACCGAGAGCGGAACGCAUUCCGACCUGCUCAAACUCAAUGGAAAGUAUGCGAAGCUCGUGGCGGCUCAAUCACUCUCCUAG